AUGGUCAACAACAGAGCCCUCCUCCUCGCCGUGGCGGUCUGCUGCUGCAGCCACUUCCUGCGGCUGACUCGGGCCGAGGACGCCUCCAUGGAGACGCGCUCCUUGGACUUCCCGCUGAAAAGACAGCAGGAAAAAGACCUGAUUGAUGCUUUACAAGAAGUCCUGGAGAAGUUGAGGAACAAAGAGAUGCCGUCUGAGAAGAAGCUUGGCUGGCUUCCAUCGUGCGACGCCGGGGAGCCCUGUGCCGUGCGGAAAGGCGCACGUAUCGGCACGCUCUGCAGCUGUCCCAGGGGGACUUCCUGUAACUUUUAUGUCCUCAAGUGUUUGUGAAAAAAAAAAAGAGAACAGUCCUGACAUAAAAAAGAAAAAAGAAAGAAAAAGAAAAGGGGGUUGGUGAGCAAACAUUUGUUGAAGCCUCUUUUUUAAGUGAAAUUAAAAUUGUUGUGAUUUUUUGCAAAUGUUGAAGGGGAGUGUUGGUGUUUAAUACAUCUGAUGUUGUUAUAAAAGCCAGAAUAGCAUCGGAUGGUGCUGUGGUUGUGUGGCCUCCUGAACAUUUCUCAUUAAAAGAAGAAACAAUUUGCUGUAUUUUAUCAUCGCCUAAAGUGUGAAGCUGAGGGAAGAUCUUUUUCUAUACGCAUCCUUUGUUGGCAUGUUGUUUCAUUGACAGAAUCAUUUUUUGGAUUAGUAGCAAUAAUUACAAAUACUUACAUUCAAAUCUAUGUUUUUUUUUUCCAAUUCAACUCAUAUUGUUUACAGAUGU